ACAAUAUAGAUAAAACAAUAGAUUAAGAUAAAGAUUUAUAACAGUUCAGUUUUCGUGUUAAUAGCUUCAUUAGACGUUUUAUAAACAAUAAUAUACCAAUAUCAGAGCGACAAUAAAACUAUCUUAAACUAUGUUAUCGAAUCAAAACGAUGAAGUUAUAGAAAAGGAGAUCUGGGCAAAGAAAUCAGUAUCUGAAACAUGUAACAUAACAAAGAAGAGUGAAGUAAGAAGUGUACCUGACUGCACAAUAGAUGGAGAGAAUUUAACUCUAAUUGAAGCUUUAAGAAAAAAAUAUGAAGAGCCAUCUAAUGUCUCUGGUUUACUAAUCUUUGUACCUGAAAGAGCUCCAAGAAAAACAGUUUCAGGAAGGCUUAUUUUAACAUCUAAUUUGAUAAUGGAUCAUCAAAAUAUAAUAAAAAUAGGUGAUUUUUCAUCUAUCAAAGAUGAAUUAAAAAAAGUUGCUGAUAUUGAUUUCAAUGGAAAUUAUUUAUCUUCCUGGGAAGACAUAUUCCAUCUUAUCACACAUUGUCCUAAACUACACUCUCUCAACUUAAAAAGGAAUGCUGGAUUAAAAGUUGCCAAAUUGGACAUCUGCAUUCAUAAAUAUUGCUUCGACAAUGUCCAAACUUUAGUCUUAAACGCAUUAGCCAUAAAUUGGAAGAGUUUGUUGGAUAUAUUGAAAAUAUUUCCUGGGAUAAAAGAAUUAUAUUUAAGUGAAAACAAUUAUAACAGUGUCUCUUUACCGAUUGACUUUAAAUAUGAAACUUUAAAUAAAUUAUUCUUUAAUAAUAACGGUCUCUCAUCCUGGAAAGAAGUGUGCAAACUAGGAAGAGCGUUUCCAAAUAUGGAGUCAUUAAUUUUAAUUGAGAAUAAUUUGGAUUGUCUAUCAUUAAAUGAAGAAGAUAUCCAAGAGCUCAGUCAUUAUUUUAAGAGUGAAGCGAAUUUUGAAAAUUCGUAUAAAUCUUUAAUCUCAAGCUACUUUCCCUCUUUAAAAAUGCUAAAUUUAAAUAAAAAUCCUAUUAACGGAUUUGCUGAACUUGAGAAUAUAUCCCAUUUCCCCAAAGUAGAAGAUUUUCGGGGUAUUGACAUCGAUUUCUUAAAUGUAAGUAGCUAUUUUUGGUCAUUGUGGUCUGUAAAUGAGAUUAAAUUCACUCUUCUUCGUUAAAGAAAUAUAAAAUAAAACUAAGAAGACAGUUGACAAUUAGUUACUUACCUAAUAUUCGAUUGCUAAAUAAUUCGGUUGUUGGUUAUGAGGAAAGAAUUGAUGCCGAAAGGGCAUUUAUUCGUCACUACAUGGACAAAGAAUGCAAGCCUUCUAGAUAUUCAGAACUAGAGAAAAAGCAUGGAAAAUUGGACAAAUUAGUGAAUAUUAGCCUAAAGCCUGAAGAGACUAUAUCAAUUACAAUUCGCCACGGAGAUAGGACGGUUCUUGAGAGAGUUAAUCCAAAAAUUUCUGUAGCUGAUUUUAAAAAAAGAGUUAUAAAACCGUUAACAUCUAUUGAACCAAAGGAUAUGAUUUUAUUUCAUGAUGAAAAAUCUACUGAAUCAAUUAUUUCAAGAAUAGAAUCUAACAUCAAACCACUCUACAGCUGCAAUAUUAUUGAGGGAGAUGAAAUUAUUGUUUACUCAAGACACGACAAAUCAUAAAAACAUUGAGCGAAAUGAAAGAAGAACACCAUAUAGAUUGAAUAUUCUUUUUUAAAUAAAUACAUAUUAUACAUAUAAAUAUAUAUGAUAAGUAUUGCUGGAAGUUUUCAAAAGCUAAUUUGUUUUAUCUAUCCUUUAGGCCAACGAAAUUGAAUUACUU